ACUGCACGUGUUUCCUGUUUGCAGAAUCCGUGCGGCUGAGGUCACGUUGACGGUCUUCCCUGUUGUCAUGGAGCCAGGCGCGUGCGACUCCUGUCACACGGGAGUGAAGGACACGUUGAUCAGUUUAUUGGACAGAUAAGAGCGGAAUAAACAAGUACUGUCUCUAUACAAUGAUCGGGCGCACGUGUCUUGUUGUGGGCAGACGUGUCCCCGGCCCCGGUCUGCGCUUCUCGUCGUCUGGCGGAGAAAUAAAGAAAGAAGAAUGUGAGAGGACAAAGUCUUCACUGCUCACAAAGCAGGCGUCUCUCUAUGUUCACUGGCCUUACUGUCUCAGGAGGUGCUCCUACUGCAACUUUAACAAGUACAUACCCAGAGAGAACAACCACCACGCCAUGACCGAGUGCCUGCAGCGGGAGGCCGUGCAUUUGCUGCAGCUCAGUCAGGUGUCAUCCAUCACCUCUGUGUUUUUCGGCGGUGGGACUCCGAGUUUGGCAAACCCAUCAACCAUUGGUGCAAUCCUCGAAACUGUCUCCGGGCAGGUGGACCUCUCAGAUCGGGCAGAGGUCACUCUGGAGGUCAACCCUACUCCUGAGGGAAUGUCAAAGUUAGAGGAUUACUGCCGUGCUGGGGUGAACCGGUUUUCCAUUGGGGUCCAGUCUUUGCAGGACGAUGACCUGAGAGUUCUGGGGCGAGACCACAGCUCUCAUCAGGCUCUGCAAACCAUCGAAGAGGCCCAGAGGUUGUGCCCGGGGAGGGUGUCGGUAGACGUCAUAUUCGGGCGACCCGGACAGAGAGUUGACUCCUGGGAGAAGGAGUUGUCUGAGGUGCUGAAGGUGUGUGACGACCACGUCUCCCUGUACCAGCUGACUCUGGAGCGAGGCACGCAGCUGUUCAAACAGGUGCAGCGAGGGGAAGUCACUGUGCCGGCCGACGAUGUGACGGCAGAGAUGUUCCAGUGUGCGAGGAGGACUUUCCACAAGAGUGGCUUUGUGCAGUAUGAAGUGUCCAACUUCGCAAGGAAUAAUGCAGUGAGUCAUCACAAUCUGAGCUACUGGAAAGGGCAACAGUACAUUGGUGUUGGCCCAGGUGCACACGGGCGCUUUGUUCCCUUUGGGGAGGGAGGCGUCGCUCGCGAAGCCCGGACCCAGACUCUGGAGCCUGACGUAUGGAUGCGUGAAGUCCAGCAGAAGGGACAUGGGACGCGGAGGAGGAUUCAGCUCAGCCACCUUGAACUUUUGGAGGAGGUGUUGGUGAUGGGACUGAGACUGACCGAGGGCAUUAAUCACAAGCAUUGGGAGUUGUUCAGCCCUCAGCUGGGCCUCCGUGACAUCUUUGGAACUUCAGCCGACGUCCAAGACCUGCUGCGUAAUGGACAGCUGAUUCUCGAUGACAGAGGUCUGCGCAGCUCCUGGGAUGGACUGGCCUUCCUGGACAGCAUACUGCCAGCUCUACUGGUGGAGCUGGAAACACAGAUUGUCCAAAAGCUACAAAGAGACUUAACACAGGAGACCUCCAGCCAACGAUGACUGUAAUGGUGAAAGCUUUGUUUUCGGCACCAUCUGCAGGUCGCUGGUGAAGCUUGGCCGGCGCGCCAAAGGAUCCACAGCGGCGCGGGGCACACCGCGCCCCCGCAUGCGGCUUCCCCUCCUCCCUCGCUGGUCGGCGUACAGCGACUGGUAGGUGAGGAUGGAUAUGAUCUCAUGCUGGGAUGGACAUGUCUCUUUGGGAAGUCCACCGAGAGCAGUGAGAGCUCUGAACAUGUCUUCCAGUCCGGAGCCAUCUUUAGCCGACGUCUCGAAGAAAGAGACCUCGUCCCCGAAGAGUUCUCGCACUUCGGACCGGCUGACGGUCCUCUGUGCUUCCAGAUCCGCUUUAUUCCCGCAUACGACAGCUGCCAGUCGCACGGGAUGUUUUUGUUUGUGUAGUUUUGCCUUCGCAGCUUUGAUCUCCUCCAGCAGCUCACAGACUUCGUGGAAGGAGUGUUUGUCGUCCGAACUGAAGACGAGCAGAAACAUGUCACCUGGAAGAGAAAGUGAGGAUGAGCGACUUAAAAACAAUAACGAGUUAUAUUUAAAACAACACAAUACCAUCAUUCACAGAUUGUCAAUGACCACACUGGCCUCACCUGUCAGUAUAGAUAACCUCCGUUUUGCUGGGAAGGCCCUCUCACUUGAAGCAUCCAGAAGAUCCACCUGGUACGCUUCUCCUCCUAUGUGGAAUAGCUUUCUGUGGAAGUCCUCAGAUGUGGGCUCAUACCGCUCCUCAAAGUCUUUACCCAAGAAGUGCUGGACGAUGCUGGUUUUACCCACUUUGGGUGCACCGAGCACAACUAUUCUCCGACAGUUCGUGCGCUUGGUCAGACCCAACUCCAGCAGAUCCGUGGACAUUUUGGGCAGUCGUUCGGUGGACGCGUGCCGCUUGCCAGAGCUGGCUGACCUACGUCGCGAAACUCUCUUUUCCUGUUGUCUCCAGUAACCUUGAACAGUCUUGAGGAUGCCCAUGCCAGUCUUCGAUAUGUUUGUGACUUUGGGGUGCAGGAGUGCUGGAGUGAGGGCUGUGCUCUGCAGGAUCGCGUGCGCAAGGUGUGAUUGGUGAUGCCCGGUGAAAGAGUCGAACAUUUCGAGGAUGCCAUCAACCGAAAGGUAAAACUUCUCAGUUGCGUUCAUCUCUUUGUUCUUCCAAUCGUCUCCAGGCACCAAGAGGCUCUUGAAGUAUCACCGGCCCAGUCUCCUCUCCAUGUGUGCUCUCAAACAGAGCAGAGCACCAUCUCUUAUACUCCCACAGCAAGCGCAGAGUCUGCGUCACAGCUCGUCAUCCUGGACUCAUUCCUUUUAUAGAAGCACAAAUAAGCUCUUUCUCUCUCUCUCCUUCUAUCUCUCUCUGUUAAAACUGUUCAAAUUUUCCCUUGAAGAAACAAUCUUUAGACACAGUCUGUAUAUUUUCCCCGUGGUUUGACAGCUUUCAUUAUGUAAAUAUGUUCAAAAAGUGAUAAAAGCUCAAAUCUG